AUGGAUGACAUUGAAAAUCAUGAUAAUGAUGAUGAUGAUGAUGGAUGGAAAAUGCUUAAACCAGAUAUUAUAUUAUUUGAAACAUCGAUUUGGGAUUUGGAUAAACCUAUACCUCAUCCAAUUUUGGAUAAUCCAGCAAAAAUGAUGCGAAUUAUUGCUAAUCCACUUUAUGAUAAAUUAACUAUAUCACGUGCAGCUAGUAUGCACAAAUAUAAUUUUACACCAUGUGUUCGACAAUCACGACAAUCACGACAAUCACGACAAUUGAAGAGAUCAAAAGAAAAAACCAUGAAUUUACCAUCUAAACCUUUAGAUACUGAACAAACUAUAAUAACGGCAAGUUUUUAA